AUGCCGACCUAUGGCACAUUCGGAAUCUCUCCCAACGAAAUUUUCCAGUCCAACUACCAUGCCAAGGCAGAGUGCAGCAAGAAAUUAGCUGGCCCUGGCCAUAGCUAUCCCCAAAAUAUCUACCGUAACAGCUUAAAAUUGUACUCAUUCCAUAGGGUUAGGGGGUGGGGGAGGGUUGUAGGCGCCGGAGUCCUUGUGGUCCCCGGAUCAAGUGGACUUCUGAAUGAUUCCAAUGAUGCAGCAACGGCAGCGUCAGCUAUAGGCUACCCCGUGAUGCUCAAGGCCACUGUUGGUGGUGGUGGCAUGAGUCUCUUGAUUUUUCGAGACGAGAAUGAAGUACGCAAGAACUUUGAGACUAUGCAGUCCAGUGGCUCUUCACUCUUCAAAAAUGCGAGCGUGUUCAUAGAGCGUUUCUACCCCGAAAGUCAUCAUAUUGAUGUCCAAGUCUUCGGAAACGGGAAGGGAAAAGUGAUCAGCGUCGGUGAGUGUGAGUGCUCAAUCCAGCGCAGGCAUCAGAAGGUUAUUGAGGAAUGUCCUAGUCCAUUUCUAGAGCAGAAACAUCCAGAUUUGCGGCAGAAGCUUACCGCAGCGGCUAUUCGAUUAGGAGAAAGCAUCAAAUAUGGACCUGCAGGACGCGGUGGGAUUGACGCGUCCGAGCUUGAGGCUCUGCAAUCCAGAUGCAUCAAGCCAUCCCGUCAACCUAUUGAAACCAGGGUAUACGCAGAGAAACCUGCCCGAAACUAUGCCCCAAGUCCCGGCCUGUUGCAGCAGGUCACUUGGCACGAACCGCCCGGCACCCGCAUUGAUACUUGGGUGUACGACGGUAUCGUAGUCAGCGCAGAUUAUGAUCCACUACUGCCGAAAGUCAUGUUCUAUGGAGCAACAAGAGACGAGGCUCGCGAUGGUAUCCAGACUAUCCUUGCGAAGAGCUCACUUUGCGGGCCACUGAUCAAUCUUGACUUCUUGGCCAACAUUGUGCGCGAUCCAAGGUUCAGAUCCGGAAACACUACCACCAAACUCCUGAAAACAUUCAGCUAUACAACCAAGGCUAUUGAUGUCAUUUCAGGCGGGUUGUAUACACUGAUUCAGGACUACCCUGGGCGACCAAGAGUUGGACGUGGCUUUGGGCACGCAGGUCCCAUGGAUGAAAUCGCUUUUCGUGCUGCUAAAAUAUUGGUCGACAACCACUCAGGUAAUGAGACGCUUGAGAUCACUUUGAUCGGGCCUGAUAUCCGUUUCCUGUGUGACGCCUCGGUGGCAUUGUGUGAACCACCAGUGACCAGCCUUCUUGACGGAAAACCUAUGGCUCAAUGGUCCAGAUUUCAUGUCCCCACUGGUAAGAGGGUCACUAUUGGAAAGUUAACGGGUAAUUGUAGAGUCUAUCUUGCCGUUUCCGGUGGCUUCCCUCAUAUCGUGGAAUGGAGCGGUAGUAAAGCUACGUGCCCCAUGGUCAACAUCGGCGGCUAUCAAGGUAGACCACUAAGAGCUGGUGAUCUUUUCUCCAUCAUCGAAGCGACUGCUGAAUUCAUUGCUGAAGAUGUUUGCUGUGCUCGAAUGUCUCAGACCUACAUACUAUACCUCCGACUGGACUGUCCAGGAAAUAUUCGAUUGAUCGGUCCUCGUCCAAAGUAUGCACGCACGAGCGGGUGUGAAGGGGGAAGCCAUCCAAGCCACGUUACUGUCAUCGGAAUCGAUCUCUGGAAGAUCGGCCAAUUACGUCCUGGGGAUGAAUUUCGCUUCAGGAAGGUCAAUCUCUCAGAUGCCUUGGAGGGCAGAAGAAGGAAAGAGAAGUUUCUUGCAGGACUCACUUCGGCAGUAGCGUCUCGAUCAUGGCAAAGCACUCCCAAAUUCGAGUCCUUCCUUGGCGAACCCUAUGUUGGUACCGGGGAUGAUGUAGCCCUAAGCAUUGAACCCCAAGGAAAUAUACCACGAAUCACUCAUCGCGUUGGGGCUGAUAACUACGUACUCUUAGAUUAUGGCGAGGGCGACUUUGAUCUGAACCUAAAAGUCAGAACUCUGGCUUUGCAGAGAUUCCUUGAGGAUGCUACUGGUCGCAUAUUCUUGAAUGAGAGCGCUGGAGGUGCCAUUGUACAGACGGUCAGCUGUGGAAACUCUCUAACACUCUUCCAUGAUGGCUUAAGGCUGAGCCAAGCAGAACUUGUCAAGGGGCUGGUUUCCAUCGAACGCACGUUCGGAAACAUGCGAUUAAUGUCAGUUCUCAAUCGCCAUUUCAUACUUCCUGCUACUUUCACACACAGAAAGCUCGAAGAUGCCAUGGACCGAUACAUGACUAACCAGCGCCCUACUGCCACAUAUAUUCCAGAUUCAUUCAAGUACCUAGCUGAGAUCAAUGGCAUGUCGCCAGAUAAAUUGAAACGAGCAGUCGGAUUCUUUAUGGCUUUGCCAGUGUUGCUUGCAGCAGAUCCCCGACAACGUCUGAGAUGCCCAAAGAUGAAUCCCAGUGGGACUUACAUCCCUCAAGGCUGUUUGGCCUGGGGCGGAAGCGUAAUUUCAACGUAUCCGGUGGAUGCUCCAGGAGAUUAUAUGCCCAUAGGGACGACGAUGCCUGGUCCUUGGAUCUUUCAGGACAUGGGUACAGUUGGGUUUUACGAAGUCACCGAAGAGGAAUACGAUGCUGAGAUGAUGAGAUUCAAAUCAGGAAGCUACAAAUACAAGAUGGAAGAGAGCACCUUCGACUUGGUAGAACACAAUGAACUACUGAAGAGUACCGCUGAAGAAGUAACUUCACUACUAGAAGUAUGCGGCAAAUUCCAAGGCGAGAUGGCUAUCAAGGAGAAGAAGAUUCCGCAAGAGUGGCUGGAAAGCAAAGCUGCGACAAAUGUAUCCCAGGACGGCAUAAACACUGACGGGAAGCUUUUUUCAAGAUCAUUGUGGAUCUCACCCACAUCCGUUGAGUCUCAUGUGAACGCCAAUGUUUGGAAAGUUCUUGUAAAAGACGGAGACGUCAUAAGGGCCAGACAGAAGCUGGCUAUCCUCGAGGCUAUGAAGAUGGAGAUCGAUAUCUGUCUGGAUGCUCACAUAGAAAAGGCUACCGUGAAGAAAGUGUUAACCCAGCCCAGCGAUACAGUAGCCGGUGGAAGACCGUUAUUUGCCGUUUCAUAA